UCUCCGUAUAUCUGGAAAUAUGAUCAGCGCCCCUGACGUGGUGGCCUUCACCAAAGAGGAGGAGUACGAGGAGGAGCCUUACAAUGAGCCCGCCUUGCCCGAGGAGUACUCGGUGCCGCUCUUCCCUUUCGCCAGCCAGGGAGCCAACCCGUGGUCCAAACUGUCCGGGGCCAAGUUCUCUAGGGACUUCAUCCUUAUUUCCGAGUUCUCUGAGCAGGUGGGACCCCAGCCCUUGCUGACCAUCCCCAAUGACACCAAAGUUUUUGGUACUUUUGAUCUCAAUUACUUCUCCCUGCGGAUCAUGUCUGUGGAUUACCAGGCCUCCUUUGUGGGCCACCCCCCUGGUUCUGCCUAUCCCAAGCUGAACUUUGUGGAGGACUCCAAGGUGGUGCUGGGAGAUUCCAAGGAGGGAGCGUUUGCAUAUGUGCACCACCUUACCCUGUAUGACCUGGAGGCCCGGGGCUUUGUGAGGCCCUUUUGCAUGGCUUAUAUCUCAGCAGACCAACACAAGAUCAUGCAGCAGUUUCAGGAGCUCUCAGCUGAAUUUUCCAAAGCUUCUGAGUGCUUGAAGACAGGCAACAGGAAGGCAUUUGCGGGAGAACUUGAGAAAAAACUGAAAGACUUGGAUUACACCAGGACAGUGCUGCACACAGAAACGGAGAUCCAGAAGAAGGCCAAUGACAAAGGCUUUUACUCAUCUCAGGCAAUUGAGAAAGCCAACGAACUGGCUAGUGUAGAGAAAUCCAUCAUUGAACAUCAGGACCUGCUGAAGCAGAUCCGCUCGUACCCUCAUCGGAAGUUGAAGGGGUCUGCUCUGUGUUCUGGGGAGAUGGAGCACGCCCAGGAUCAGGCCAGCCAGCCAGCCACUACCUCUAACACUGAUGAGUGUGCUGACACAGACCUUUACACCUGCAGACCUGCUUAUACCCCUAAACUCAUCAAAGCAAAGUCCACUAAGUGUUUUGACAAAAAGUUGAAGACCUUGGAAGAGCUCUGUGACACUGAAUAUUUUACCCAGACCCUGGCCCAGCUCAACCACAUAGAACACAUGUUCAGAGGAGACCUGUGCUACCUCCUGACCAGCCAGAUUGACAGAGCACUUCUAAAACAACAGCACAUAACCAACUUCCUCUUCGAAGAUUUUGUGGAGGUUGAUGACAGGGUGGUAGAGAAACAAGAGAGCACACCCCCUAAACCCACUCCAGGCAGGCUGCCUUCCAGGUCUCUGGAAGAAUGUCCGAUCCCUCAAGUGUUAAUUAGCGUUGGUUCUUACAAGUCCAGUGUGGAGUCUGUGCCGAUAAAGAUGGAGCAGGAACUUGGAGAUGAGUACAGGGAAGCGGAGGUGACAGAAAUGAGCAGUUUUGAUCCCCAGGAAAGCUUGGACUAUCUAGAUAUGGACAUGAAAGGGAGCAUCAGCAGUGGCGAAAGCAUCGAGGUUCUGGGCACGGAGAAGUCCACCUCUCUGCUAGAUAAAUCUGACAGCCAGGCCAGCCUCACCGUGCCAUUGAGCCCCCAGGUGGUCCGGAGCAAGGUGGUCAGCCACAGGACCAUCAGCGAGGACAGUAUUGAGGUCCUCAGCACCUGCCCCUCUGAAGCCCUCAUCCCUGACGAUUUUAAGGCCAGCUACCCAAGUGCCAUUAACGAAGAAGAAUCGUAUGCAGAUGAUAGUGAGGGAGCCAUCCACUUCCAGGCAAGUGUCAGCCCACCAGAGCUGGGUGAGGCAGAGGAGGGCAGCUUAGAAAACACCUCGUCACAAGCAGACUCGUCCUGCUGCAUUGGGAAGGAGAGUGAGAGUCUGCGGGUGCCCCUUUCCACCCCAGCCCACACCCCCUCGGAUCAGGAUGGAGUUGUGAGCAUCCCCCCACAGCGCUACAGGCAGAAGGAUCAGGGAUUCCACGUAGACUUUGCGGUGGAAAAUGCCAACCCUUCCCAAGACAACAGUUCUGAGGGCUUUCCUGCUUAUGAGCUGGAUCCAGACCACCUGCUGGCUAGCCGGGAUGUCAGCAAGAGCAGCCUGGACAACUCUGACACUACCAGCAAUCUGAGCAGUAUAGCCUCCACCAGCUCAGACAGGACUCCCUCCUCUGCUUAUCCUCCUGGCCCCUCUUCUGAGAGGCAUAAAAAGAGGGCUGGCCAGAACGCCUUAAAAUUCAUCCGUCAGUACCCCUUUGCCCACCCGGCCAUCUACUCCCUCCUCAGCGGGAGGACACUUGUGGUCCUGGGGGAGGACGAGGCCAUAGUGAGGAAGCUGGUGACGGCACUGUCAAUCUUUGUCCCUAACCACAGCCGUCAUGCCAAACCUGUGAAGCACUGGAUCUCCUCUCCUUUGCAUAUUACGGAUUUUCAGAAAUGGAAGCUCAUCGGCCUGCAGAGAGUGGCAUCCCCUGCCAGUGCUGGCACCCUCCAUGCCCUGAGCCGCUACAGCCGCUACACAAGUGUCCUGGACCUGGACAACAGGGCCCUGCGCUGCCCCCUCUACAGAGGCAUCCUUGUGCCCCGGCUGGCAGACCACCGCACUCAGAUCAAGCGGGGCAGCACCUACUACCUGCACGUCCAGAGCAUGCUCACCCAGCUCUGCUCCAAGGCCUUCCUCUACACCUUUUGCCACCACUUGCACCUGCCUGCCCAUGACAAGGAGACAGAGGAACUGGUUGCCAGCCGCCAGGCGAGCUUCCUGAAGCUGAACCUGGGCCUGGUGAACGAAGAUGCUAAGGUGGUCCAGUACCUGGCUGAGCUGCUGAAGCUACACUACACACAGGAGGCUCCUGGAACCAGCCACCCCACACUCAGGUUCGACUACGUCCCCAGCUUUUUGUACAAGAUCUGAGGUCAGCCCCAGCCACUGUGACCGAGACCUGGGACUCAGGGUAUGGGGAGGGAAGGGGAGGGGUGAGCAUGAGCAAGCAGGCCUCUGAGCUGUUUAGACUUCCGUUGUCAUCUGUAGGAGGGAAACCAAGAUGGCAGCCCUGGUUCCUGGGUGGCUUCAGGCAGUUUGGGAGUUGGACUUGGGCAGAGGCGAGCACCUGGCUCUCCGAAGGCAUUGGAAAGGAUGGUAACAGGUCGCUGGGCCUGGUGAGGUGUGGCCCCUGGGGUUGGGAGGGAGCCGCUUGGCUUCCUGGGAACUGGUAACCAGGCCAGGAGAGAGUCAGCAUUCUCUCGAUGCGGUGGGAUGAGGGGCAGAAAGGUGAAGCCCAGUCAGGAGGAGUAUGCCGGCACGUUUAGCUCCCAAACACUUGGGCAGCAAAUCAAGGGGUGAAGCACCCCGUUCACUGGAAUGGUUUAGUGGGAAACAGGACAAUAGAACAUCCAUUGCCUCAUUCAGAUCCCAGCUGGGGUCCUUCACUCAGUACCCUACAGCCCAGCAUCCCAGGAGGAGGCCCCUGAAUGAGUGAGAUGGAGGGGAGGCAGCUCUGCCUCAUUGGGUGGUAGCAAACACAGAACUUUCUGGGCCCUCAGGCAGCAGGGGAAGCGAGGAGCACCCUGUCUGGUCCUUGAGUCCUCACUAGGCAUGGAAGUGCCUGUGGUGGGCUUUGCAGCUGGUUCCCCUGGGUCAGCAGGAGUGGCUAGAGUUAGUCACUAGUCCUUAUUUGUGAGAACCACUCUCACAGCUGGAGAGCCCAGGAAACAGGCAGGGCCAUGGUGCCACGAGGUCAUCAGCACUGUGUAAGUGAUGAAGAACCAGCAGGCCUCUGGGGCCCAGCCCACCAGCCUUUCUGGCAGUAUUGAGUCCAACUGUCCUCCUGGGGAAGGUCUGCAGACAUGCUGGGACUUGGCCGAGGUCACACCCCAGUCCUCCACCCACCGCAAAUCUUUGCAACCACUUCACUACCUCUCACAGGGUCUUGUGGGCACAGUGACAGCAGGGUUUUGCUUAGCUGGUCCGUCUGGGGAGGCAGCUUGUCUGGUGAGAACCCACGGCCAGGGUCUCCUUCAGGAAUGAGGAAUGCCACCUUGUGUGGCUGUCUUCAUGGAUCUGCCCCACAUGGGCCUGGGAUACACACUCAUCACUGCUCACUCUCGCCCCCCAUGCCAUCCCCUCAAACACAUGCACCUCACCACUGUUCACUCCUGCCCCGUGCAGGUCCCCCAGGUACGCUCACCUCACCACAGCUCGCUCCCAGCCCCAUGUGAGUCCUCCCUUCAGGGAAGAAGAUCCCCGGGUCACCCACCUUGACCUCCCUGACACUCCUUACACAGUUGCUGUUGGUUUGUAAAUGGAGGUUUCUUGCAACCUUGAAUUUUUUAUACUUUUUUUUUUAUGGCUGCUUUUUUUUUCUCCAAGUAGGGAUAACUCUUAGCAUUACUGCUUUUUAAUUUGUUCUAAGACACUUGUGAUAAAACAGACCUGAAGCAGCCACAAAGCGGUUGCUCCUGAGCAUGUGUGUACGCAUCUCCUGGCACCGUGUACUGCAUAGUUUGGGGUCUUGCUGUUGAGACCUGUCUACCUGUCCGCUUUUGUGGCACAGCACUGAGGCCACAUAGGGGAGCCAAGAAGGGUUUGUGUCACAUCACUCCUAUGGUCCCCUCCUGGCCUGGGUUCUGUGCAGGAGGGUACAGCCCAUGGGCUCCUGGUCAGAGCCCACUGUCCUGGCAGGUGUGUGAGUUCGCUUCUGAGGCUAUGCCUGAGAAAGAACCUUCUGUAGCAGAUGGUAUGUCUACAUCUCAUGGGUUUUCUUUGUACCUGUGCCCAUUGCAUAUGUUCACACACAGAAGAGUUGCCAGGAACGUCUUGGCAGCUUAGAAACGUGACGUGUGUUUGCAUGUGGGGAAGGCUGCGCAGGAAGCCUGUCGCACUCCAUGGGCUUCCCCCUCCGUUGCUGCCUCGGUCUCUCGAGUUCAAGACACUGCUGUGUUUUCUACCUGGGAGGCUCACUGCUGUCUGCUUAGGCCUCCAGGGACAUGACCUUAUGACGCUUUAUCUCCAAGGCACAGGAAGGCCUCUGGGGUCCAGAGGACAAGACAGAGAAGGCGAUCCUUGGCACCACCAUGGCUUCCCUUCUCGUUUCACACCAUCAUGGACUCUGCAGUUAACAGUGCCAUCACCUGGGAAACUGACUGAGGCAGGAGAUCAGUCAUACUUGGCCUUCCAGAAGCUAAAGCCAUUGGCUGCUGUGGUCUAAAGUAGUCACUCUGGAGGGGGUUGGUGUGGAAGCUCUGUCUCAGGGAUGGUUCUGGAGGCCCCAGGAUUCAGAGCAAGGGACCAGUCGGGUGUGAACAGAACAGGGGUGCCUUGUGCCACGGCCAGCCUCAGAGCAAAUGAGUGUCUCCCUGGAGUCGUUCAUUCAUGAAAUGAAGUUAGCUACACAGACCAGUGGGUAGACUCCAAGUUUUACAUUUUGGUUAAAGUCUAACUUUUCACUGUGGCCGUUUCAAAGGAUUGCUUGAUGCCAAGUAUGUUUCUUUCCAAAGGGAUUUCAUUGUGGCCCUGGGACUGAGCCAGUUUGGGCAGGCACUUGAGACAGUGGAGAUGCCCUUCCCAGACCCCCUCCACUUUGGAGAACUGGAACCCACUAGAGAUCCCGCACCUGUAAAUCUUAAGGGUGGGGAGUCCUAUGCAGUGGGGCUGAUCUCUUUGCAGUGGGGCCUCAGCCUCCUUUGAGGUUUGUCUCAAAUCAGACAUUUAAAAAACACUUUGCAGAAAAUAGAGGACAUCAGUGCCUCUUACUACUUUGUCAGUCCCCACUCCCUCUGAAGGCCCAGACACCAAAAGUGUGUCUAACGUUUAUUUCAACUUUACUUCCAAUCUGGUACCGCUCCCCUAUCCCCAACCACCCCUCUUUCAGCAGGUCCAGGUUGAGAGCAGCCUGAUGAGGCUAGCGGUGCUGCGGUCAUGCUUUCCAGAAGCUCUGUAUAAGAGAGGAAUCAAAGCCUUUGUAGCACCUUGGCCCUCGGGACGCUCCAGCCUGAGCUGUUGCCUCACGCCUCCCUGUUUCCCUGGGGACCUUGCUCCUUUAGUGGGAUCCUUGGAGUUUAAAAAUUGUGACUUGUCCACAAUUUACCGCAAUGGCUGAAAUUCUCUGAAUUGCACCAGAAUUUGGAAAUGGAUUAUCAUAGCUUUCUCGUCAUUUCCCAUCAAGCUUUUAACUUCUUUGUUGCUACGUUCAAGGUAUUAUUUGUAGGUUUCGACCUCAAAUAACAUCCCAGUUCAAAUCCUAGGAAGACCAACAGAUGGUACUCUGAGUGCCAAGGCUGCUACAGCUCUGUGACAGGUUUCCAGAGGCUUAAAGAGAUUGCGUGCACACCAACCACCCACUCUUCCAGCAGUGCUGGACGCAUGCCCCCGCCUCCCUGGACCUGGUGUUGCCAAGCAGGUCAGCUUCUCAUGCUGCUGCACAGCUGGUAACCCUCAGCUGCUGGGGAGCCCAUGGGGAAGCAUGGACAACCUUCAGAGGAACUGGUCUCCCAAGCCAGCAGUCCAGUUUUAAUUUCUCAUCUCCCUAGAAAGCUCAGAAGAAAGUGCCUUGGUUUGUGCUUUGAAGCCAACCAGCCAGCUUUCUGGCUUUUCCCCAAUACUGUGAUAGAAAGUGACAAAACUGGAAUCUUUAAAAAGAGGUAACAGUAUUAACAGACUGUAAGAAGGAAAAAGCAUCAAAUUUCUACUGGCUGGAAAGAAAACCAGUCUCAGCUGAAAAGGUCUGAGCACACCAAGUUUUCCUGAGCCCUCAGAGGAGAAAGCUGUGAGCAUUGACCUAAUCUAGUCCUACCUGUUAAGGUUUGGUGAUGGCCAGGGGAAGGAAGAAGUGGGGUGUGGGUGGGGGGCAGAGUGAGCGCUUUGCAGUGAAUACAGCUGUGGGGCAUGGAGCCCCAGCUUCCUGGGAGUAAUUGUUCAGCAAGGGUCUUGAGGCUCUCCUUUUGUGUUCAGUUGAAGGAGGAGCCAGGCUCCCUGAAGGGAAGACUAGCUUGGUGACAUCAUGGUUCCCAAAAUUAAGGCAGAGAGAUUUGGGGACUGUAUGUCACCCACACCCCCUGGAGUCCCCAGUAUCCAUCACAUGCUGGACCCCAGGCCCCAGGGGCACCCUCCAGGCAGGACCACGGGGUGCCUCGCCCACUGACUGCCCAACUGCUGGCUGGCUAUACAGGUUGGGUUGAAAACAUGCCAUCUUUUAAGGCUGCAGUGAAAAGCAUAGUCUGUGAUGAAUUCGUAGCUGUUAUUUUUGGAAAGCUAUUUUAUUACUGCAUGUCCCUCUGUCCAUGCGUGUGAAUGUGAGUCCUAACCACCCCAGGAGCUGCAGGCAUCGCAGUGCACGCACACCUUGAACACGUGCGUGACAGCAGCUCUUGGGUGUGGCCGCAUCAGAGUCUAACCAGAGUAAAUGCCAAACAAAUAGUAUGAGAAGUGUACUUUUUAAGAAAUUAAUUUAUUUGAGUUCAGAUAUUUUUGAAAUAUAAAAAUUGGUUGUAUUUUUUAAAGCUAUAAUUCUUGUAGACAUUCUGUGGUUAAAAAUUCGAUUGUGCUUAUUAAAAAUGGUCAUCUAUGUUUUGCACUUCGGCUUUGUGAAAAAUAAAGUUUCUCUGGGAAGGUGA